UCUCAGUUAUGAUUAUGGGUGCUAGAAUGGCGGAUGCAUCUCGCGUUAUUGUGUUGAGCUGCUGUCUUCUCACGCUUCUCCUCCUUGGUGUGCAAGUGCUCGGCUAUGAGGUGCCAAAGGCCAAGAUAGAGGUAUUCUAUCCCAAAGGAUUUGAGGUUUCCAUACCACACGAGGAGGGCAUCACACUGUUCGCUUUCCACGGCAAGCUAAACGAGGAGAUGGAAGGUCUGGAGGCGGGCACCUGGGCGCGGGAUAUUGUCAAGAUGAAGAACGGCCGCUGGACCUUCAGAGACCGUUUGGCGGUGCUCAAGCCAGGCGACACGCUCUACUACUGGACAUACGUUAUCUACAAUGGCCUGGGUUAUCGCGAAGACGAUGGCACUUUUGUUGUCGAUGCUUACAACGGCAAUGGCACCGUCCCAGCGACUACACCCAGACCGCAGGUUGCAACCGACUCCACCACUCCCUGGAUCUGGCCAUCGGACCCGGAUAUUGACAUUCGAGUUGGUUGCACCCAACCGAAGACUCAGGUGAACGGUGGACCUUCUCGCUGCGCGGGACAGUUGGUGUUUGUGGACGAGUUCAGUGCCGGAAAAUUGGACACCUCCAAGUGGCUGGCGGAGCGUCGUUUCUCCGGAUCGCCCGACUACGAGUUUAAUGUCUACGUUGACGACACCCACAACACGCUGCGCGUUCACAACGGCCACGCGAUACUGGCAGCCACAGCGACGAAGCGCCAGUUCCACAAGAAUUUGGAGGCCAAGCUGGAUCUGGGUAGCGGCUGCACGGGUGUCGCCAACACGGCGGACUGUGUUCGUGAUGGCAGGCAGCGGAACGAUCGCCUGCCGCCUAUGGUGACGGCUCAGUUCUCCACCCGGCAGAGUUUCUCUUUCAAGUACGGACGGGUUGAUGUGCGCGCCAAGAUGCCGCGAGCCGAGUGGCUGACGGCCCAGCUCUGGCUGCAGCCCAAGACUCCUGAGUAUGGAGAGGACGACUAUCAGUCGGGACAGAUUCGCAUUGCCUACACCCGGCCAGCCAAUGACAAAGUAGAUCUGUACAUGGGAGCGCUCCUCAAUGCCGAGGAGCCACUCCGCUCGGCCAAAGUCUGCCACAGAGUAGGCAGCAGUGAAAGCUCAGAUGACUGGAGCGAUAGCUUCCACAAUUACACCUUGGAGUGGACGCCGCGGGAGCUCAAGUGGCUGGUCGAUGGCAGGGAGAUUUGUCGCCAGGGCAGCGAAAGCAUAGCGUUCAGCGAGACAAGUGUGAAUGGGUCGCGACUGCCGAAUUCCCAAAAACUGGAGGAGGGCACUGGCCUGGCGCCAUUCGAUCAGGAGUUUUACUUAACCUUUGGCCUGGCCGUGGGAGGAUUUAACGAAUACUUCUACGAUACACAGAAGCCGUGGCAUGAGCGGGAGCCUCGGGCCAUGACGGACUUCUGGAGGCACCAGAAGCCGAUGCUUGACCGUUGGUUGGAUGACGCCCAUCUAUCAAUUGACUAUGUAAAAGUGUAUGCUCUGUAAACUGCUAAUCUUAAAAAAUAAAUGCAUUUCAUAUUGGUCCUUCGA